GUGACUGUGCUAAUAAUUUUCUUCUGCACAAAGCAACUUCUUCUCUUUGAAACUAAAAACAUAUUGGCUUGUCGGUGGUGGGCAGAAUGGAUUUGUUUUUUUCCAUUUUUGGUUUCUUCGUUGCUUGGGAUUUGAAGAGUUUGCUGAUGUUUGUGGUGGUUUUCAUCAUCACUGCGGAUUAUAUAAAAAAUCGCCGACCAGUUGGCUUCCCUCCUGGACCCAGAGCUCUUCCUGUUGUGGGCAACAUAUUCACAUGGGACCAAAGCAGGCCUCAUGAGAAGCUGAUGGAGUUGGCAAGGACUUAUGGAGAUGUUUACAGCCUAAGAUUCGGUCAGAAAUGGAUAGUGGUGUUAAAUGGAUUUGAGGCUUUGAAGGAGGGUCUGGUUACGAAGGGAGACAGCAUGGUGGACCGCCCACAGCUUCCUUUGCAGGACGAGAUAACCCAUGGACUAGGUGUGAUAUUCAGCAAUGGAAACAUCUGGAAGCAGCAGAGACGUUUUGCACUUUCAACCCUCAAAUACCUUGGGUUUGGGAAGAAGUCUCUUGAACCUGUCAUCCUGGAUGAAUUCAGACACUGUGCACAAGAGUUCAGAGGCUAUAAAGGGAAGCCUGUGAAUCCACAUCUCAUCAUCAACAACACUGUCUCCAACAUUAUCUGCCACUUGGUCUUUGGUCACCGCUUUGAGUAUGGGGAUGAGAGGUUCAUUAAACUGAUGCUGCUGUUUGACAAGGCGCUUCAGAUUGAAUCUUCUAUUUGGAGUCAACUCUACAAUUCAUUUCCUCUGCUGAUGAGACUGUUGCCAGGUCCACAUCAGACUCUCAAACAGAUCUGGAAUGAUGUGAAGACCUUCAUUAAAGAAGAACUGAACCAGCACAAGAAGAAUUGGGAUCCUGCAGAAUGCAGAGAUUAUAUCGACUGUUACCUGCAGGAGAUUCAAACGAAUAAGGAGCAGGAAUACAACACAUUUGAUGAAGAAAACUUGAUCAUGUGUGUUCUGGAUCUGUUUGUGGCUGGCUCAGAAACCACAUCCAACACCCUGCGUUGGGCAUUUCUCUACAUGGCUAAAUAUCCUGAGAUCCAAGAGAAGGUCCAAGCAGAGAUCGAUAGAGUGAUCGGACAGUCCAAACAGCCGUCUAUGGAGGAUCGUGUCAACCUUCCCUACACUGAUGCUGUAAUCCAUGAGGUUCUUAGGAUGGGCAACAUAGCCCCUCUUGCCUUACCACACUCCACCAACAAAGAAGUGCAGCUGGGAGGCUACACCAUCCCAACGGGAGUACUGAUAAUUCCAAAUUUGGCUUCAGUGCUGUUUGAUAAGAAAGAAUGGGGGACACCUUUAACCUUUAACCCAGGACACUUCCUGAAUGAGGAGGGCAAGUUUGCAAAAAAAGCAGCUUUCAUCCCUUUCUCUGCUGGUAAGCGCCUGUGUCUCGGAGAAAACCUGGCCAGGAUGGAGCUUUUCCUCUUUUUUACGUCCUUCAUGAAGCACUUCACUUUCUCAAUGCCGGCUGGAGUAAAGGCUGUGAUGGAUUACCACGCAGGAAUCACUCUGGCACCAAAACCAUAUGAAAUCUGCAUAAAGUCACGCUAAGAUCACCUGUUUUAUUACUUUAAACAAAGCUGAAGGUAAAAAACUUGCCUGCUUAUACCUCCUCUCCCAAACAUCCCUGCGUGGUUGUAGCAGUCAGUCUCUGCUGUUUAAAUGCAUUCUAUGAAAUGAUUUUCUUUUCAAAAUUACAAGUCUUCGUUAGGAGAGUGUCUUAGGAGAGAAAAUACAACAUUAGAGAAAAAUGUUUCAGGUAGCUGUGGAAGAGCAUUCAAGCCGUUUGCAAACAGACAAGACUAACGAUGGCCAUAUUGAAUAUAUUUUAAACAUUUCCAGUUUUUCAAUGUGGAAUGCAAAUUUACAGAUUAGAGAAAAUGCAAAACAGACAAGGAACUACAUUCAGAGUUUCUCAGGCCUCAAUUUACCUGUAAAAAGUAGAUAUUUCAUGACAAUAUACUUAGAAAACCGCAAAACCUGAAAAUGCAUGCUUCAGGGAGAGAAGGUAUAGGUUAUGAGAGAGCAUUUCAGGUGUUUUUACAAGAAACCUUUCCCUUUAAGGAGAACAUGGCAGCACAGUAAUGUCUGCAUAGUUGCAGCAGUAUAGACCCAAAGGACCCAACAAUAAUGUCUUUUUGACAGAUAAGCUGAAUCUGGAAAAAUUUACCUGUAGUGCACAGUAAUUGGGGUUUGGUUUGCUUUUGGUCUUUUGCAGAGGCAUAACCCAGAAGAAACAAAUUUUUCUAAAUCAACUUUUUUCACAACAAUAAUCUUUUGAAAACCAGUACUCACUGUAGGCAAUGCAUAUAAAUAGAACAGUGCAAAGUACUACCAGUGACAGUACAGUGAAUACUGUUUACUAUGUAUUAACUUGAACUCCAAAUUGUCUAGCAGGCUUAUCAGAUAGAAGAUAACACAAGAAAACAACAAAACUUUAACAUGAUAAGUCUCACUUUCACAUAAACUGUAUAGGAUUGUGUCUAUUUCUGGUGCAUUUUGGUUAAAACCUGUUUGUUCUUCCUUUAAUAAAGUAACUCAAGGUAUCAUAA